AUGCGUAAAGCAGGUAUCGCUUGUCCUACUGUGGCACUGCUAAAGAAACAUAUCCUGGUCAUGAGUUUUAUUGGCAAGGAUCAAAAACCUGCUCCUAAACUGAAAGACGCUGUUCUUUCCUCGCGACAGUUGCAACAGGCUUAUGAGCAGUGUGUCGAGGUAAGAUGUAUUGAAGGGUAGGAUAGAUGUAAAUGUAGAAGCUCAGUGUUCUCCUCCUGUGUUUCCAGAUAGAGAGUGAGCAGAAGUUGAUUACUUAACAGGCAGGGUUCUAUCUAGGAUUUAUCGUUUGGGGGAGAAGUCCCGAGUGGCCGAAGGCCACGAGCUUCCUUGAAAUGAAUAUGCGCUGAGAUGCAAUCUGGUGCAUUUUGAGACCCAAUUUUGAGAAAUGUGCACUGACCUCGUCGCGUCUGAAUGAUUUUUCCGAUAUAGUUACUUAUAUACUGUAACGAUAACAAUAUUUUUGGGGGUGAAGCUGGGCAUUUUGGGGGAAGCUUCUACCCCUCAAAUACCUUAGAUAGAACCCUGCUUGAAAAUUUUUAAGACCACAAAGAGGUCAGAAUAUUAUUAAUAGUAAUGUUAGAAUAUGGUGAACGGCCAACGUAAGUUCCCCGUUUGCCGUUAACCGUGAAUUGCAGUUAAGUUGAUGCACAGUAGAACUGAGUCUGUUAAAGGCACCUCUGCGCACCGGCCUCGAAAUCAACCCGUAGAUUCACUGUUACUGAAACUUGUACAUAAUGGCUUCCAGUCGGUCCGGUUACGAAUAUUUAACAAUUAUUCCUCGAACCCGAAUGGGCUCUGAGUUUAUAGCAGAUGAGGCCGAAUGCCGAACUUAUCGGCCAUGAGGGCGAGUGGAAUAAGUGUUUUAGUAAAAUCCAACUAGUUGGUCAAAAAAAUCGAGACAAAACAACUUUAGCUAGUUAAAUCUUUAAUCCCUUUUUGCCGCCAAAAAGCCCGCGCUUUUCGCUACCAGUAGGCUAUAACAUAUAGCCUAGUAGUAGCUCAACCAAUCAGAACGCAGCAUUGAUAAAAGACCACUAGUUGGAUUUUACUAAACUCAAAUAACCUCUAUGUAAUGGCCAUGUCUGUAUGCCCCAAUGCGGCAGCUUCUGAGGCAUGGAGUUGGUCUGAAAUGUCAUCCGGCUCCUUGCCCCACCCCCCAACGGGUGGCAAGUCUUUCUCGCCUUUCAACCCGUUGGGGGUUGAAGUAAAGAGACUCGUAAUUGUUAAUAUAUAAACUAUAGUAUUUUUGUGGACUUUGUCCUUCUUUUUCUCUUUAUUUCUUUUUUGUAAACGAUAACAGUCACCUGUAAUGAAUUGUAAAUGUAAUGUAUUGUAAUUGUUUGUGUGUUCGAAAUAAAAAAAAUAAUAAUAAAAAAAAGAGACGAAUGACGUUUCAGACUAACAUUGAGUGACAUCCGGAAUAUCAACUUUUUGAGCCGUUUUGCGCGCAUUUCUGUAUCAUGGUCGAUCCGCUCUGGGUAAGAGCGCUUACCUAAAGUCAGAACCUGCCGGCAGAAUUGGUCAUUUUGAAAAUAAAAUACUGGCGUUUCUCGAAAUUUUUUCUUAAAACCCACCACUGCCGAGUAUACCAAUUAAGAAGAGGUUGAUCUGGCUGGAUAUUAGUGAUUAAUAGAGGUAUUCUCUUUACAUUUGGACCAGUCUGGCUAGCCAGUUCUAACAAAUGAAAAGAGCUGUAAGAGUUAGUACAUGGUGUCCAACUUACGGGCGACUACAAUUUCUUUAGAAACGAACCCUCACAUUAAUUCAGUAGUUGUUUGAUAUUAUUUGAGCAAGGGUGGUGCAGUGCUGAGAGCACUCGCCUCCCACCGGUGUGGCUUGGGUUCAGAUCUUGGCGUCGACGCCAUAUGUUGGGUUGAGUUUGUUGUUGGUCCUCUCCUAUGCAGAAAUGUUCUGAUAGGUUUUUCUUCGGGUACUCCGACUGACGAAGAACCACCUUGUGGAUGUGUUACCUCUAAAUCGUGACUUAUUUAUUUAUUUAUUUAUUUACUUAUUACACCAAAGUAUGAUAAUUGCCUACAGAAGCACUCUAAUUGCCCUAGCCUUUAUUUAUUUUAGAUAAUGUGCACAAUGUACCAAAAAUGCAAACUAAUCCACGCGGAUCUGAGCGAGUACAACAUGCUCUGGCAUGAAAACAAGGUGUGGUUUAUUGACGUGAGUCAGUCCGUGGAACCAUUCCACCCGCACGCCUUGGAGUUCCUGUACAGAGAUUGUACAAACGUGGUGGAAUUCUUCACCAAAUGUGGGGUGCCUAAUGUACUGCAGGCUUAUGAGCUUUUUAACAAGGUCACGCGACUGGAAAUCACUCCUGAUCCUGAGCAAAGCUUCCUAUCACAGGUAUUGUUGUCAAGGUAGAUUGUAGGGAGGGGAGGGUGGAGUGAAGGCAUGAAGGAGCACUAACAGAUAAAGAGGGCCGGUUUCAUUUAGUACAAAGUACCUAUAGCUGUAUAAGUGAUAUCCCCUGCCCCCUCCCCCACUGUUGCGGAAUUCUUUUAACCCCGCUCCGCUGGUUCAAACAAAUCAAGAGGACUGUAUCUUUCGAUGUAACAACACGAUUUAAUCCAAUCCAACAAUCUACUGCGAUGUACAACUCUCAUAUACUCAACGUUCGUAACAUGAACGAUCAACGAUCAACGAUCAACUCAACUAAAAACUAAAACAUUCUAAGUAUACAGUGGUUUUUCUACUAUCCUUGCGUAAGGCAGUAUUUUUACAUUAAUCACAUGUACAGUAAAAGUUCCCAUUGUAAUGUAUCUAAAUUAAACGUCUAUUACAAAAUCCCACGUUCUUUCACCUUAUUUAGCCUAAGAAAAUGCAUGCAGUUACAUCAUUUUAUAUCGUAAAUAUACUCGGACUUUGUCUACAUUAUUGUGAAAUCUAAUGUCACGAAAUCUAACUUCUUUGCGCUACAAAUGUCAAUUUGUAAUUAAUAUUUAAUCACAGAAUAAUCAAGUUAAGUAUCACCUAUUUCUUUCCCCGACACACUCCCCCCCUUGACUCGCCUACGAGUCAAGCAUUAGUCUCGAUUUCCAUGUAGAGUCUAAGGCCGCAUUUCUAGGAGGGACUCUUCCUGUCGGAAUUUCUGUAUUCCGGUUGCGUUCGGUAAGUGCUCGUAUUCCCUCCCCUUCGCUUCGAAACUCCAACGGAUAAAGUUUCUGAACUAGUCUGGAAAGUCGAAUCGGUUUUCCCUUCGUAACGACUCUGACAGUAGCUCCUCUAACUACGUUAUCUCUGCCUGUCACUAGUCUCUCUACAACUCCCAUCUUCCAUUCACCCCUUUUCCUUUCUUCCUCGUACACUACAACUACAUCUCCUACUUCUACCUCUCCUUCUCUUUUUCCUGACUUACACUUAUGGAAUUCGCGCAGGUUUGCAAGAUACUCUUUUCGCCACCUAUUCCAAAAAUGACUCAACCUAGUGCUGAGAUACUUAAAUCUUGCAGAGCAAUUAUCGAUAUUAAUGGCAUCGUCUGGUUCAGCAACCUCGUCUGGAAGCGUUUUGAUGCGUCUCCCAUAAAUCAGGUGUGAUGGUGUUAAAACCUCUUCUCCCACUUCAUUGUAUUCGUACGUCAAUGGUCUUGAGUUGAGUGUACAUUCUAUUUCAGCUAGCAGAGUUGCCAAUUCAUCGAAUGUCAAUCUCGCGUUUCCCAGAGUUUUCCUCAGGCAUCCCUUCACACUGGCAACCAUUCUUUCGAAAAAUCCUCCCCACCAGGGCGCCCUUUCUAAAUUAAAUUUCCACUCAAUUCGGUCUCGCUCUAAAUCUGCUUUUACUUCUGGAUGGUCAAAUAAUUUCUUAAGCGCCUUCUCUGUUGCCUGAAAUGUUUUCGCAUUGUCUGAAACGAUCAACUCAGGCAUUCCUCUUUUAGCGAUGAACCUUCGCAAACAACGCCUAAACGUUCCUGUAGACAAAUCUUCUACUAACUCUAAAUGCACCGCUCUUGUCACGCAACAUGAAAAUAACGCAAUGUAAGCCUUGCCCAUCUGCCCCGAGUUUUCUUUUACAUUGAGUGGUCCAGCAAAGUCUACCCCUACCCUCGAAAAUGGUGGAGCUUCCUUGACUCUAAAAUCAGGAAGCGCAGCAGUCGGUGGGGUACUAUAGGGUUUCCCAGUAAACUUUCUACAAGUAACACACUCACUCAAAAUUCGCUUUACCACUUGCCUACCCCUUGGGACCCAAUAUCUUGACCUUAACUCAGCUAAUGUAGCUCUAACUCCACUAUGAUGAACUCUCUGAUGGCACUCUUCUAUGACCAACCUUGCGAAUCUAUGCUGUCUGGGCAAAAUGACUGGUCUCCUGGCUUCACUUUCUAAAUCUGAAUUAAAUAGUCUACCUUCGCAUCUCAAAAUAGCUCUGUCUUCCUUAAUACCAAGCUCGCUAACUAGCUGCUUAAAAUUAGUCUGCUGCUUUAAAUCGCUUUGGACUGACUUCAGCCAUUCAAUCUCGGCGCAUUUCAAUUCGUCUGCUUCCAAUCUUCCUGUUCGCUUCUCGUUUUGCUUUGCCUUUGCUCUUGAGUUGUCAAUGAAUCUCUUUAUCCAGGCUGUCACUCUGACGAGUCUCUGUAGCGUGCUGUAGUCAUUCACGUCAAUCACACCGGCAAUACCACUCACAAUUCCCGCCUUUGUCAUCAUUACAGCCGCGCUUUUCUUUUCUUCGAUCAGGCUCUCUGGGGUUCUUAAGCUUUCUGUCAACACCGGCCAAUCCUCUGGUCGUUCUGUUAGCCAUGAUGGACCGCGCCACCAAAGCUGGUUUUCUUUUAGCUGCGAGGCUAACACUCCCCUGGAACCAAGGUCAGCUGGGUUUUCUUCUGUCGAGCAGUACGCCCAAUCUUCUUUGUCAGUCAAUUUCAAAAUCUCAUUCACUCUAUGGCGCACGAACUGCUUCCAUUCGCCCUUGUUUUGUAUCCAGCUGAGAGCUGUCUUGCUGUCCAGCCAGAACCUCACGCCAUCCAACUUGACUUGUGACUGUAACGCGUUCCUCACUGUGUGCGUGAGCUGCGCAAGUAUUCUCGCCGACAUUAAUUCUAAGCGCGGAAUCGAAAGUUCUUUUAGAGGGGCGACUCUAGUUUUGGUAGCUACUAAUCGUACAUGAGCUUUACCAUCCUUCGUGCGGUACACGAAGUAAACCAUGGCACAAUAGGCUUUCUUGCUGGCAUCCCCGAACCCAUGUAAAUAAGACUCUGUUACAUCCCCUCCCCCGGUCUCAUAAAGGCAUCUGUUUAUACAAAUCUCUUUAGUUUCUGCCAAAUCUUGGACCCACUUGUCCCAUUUUCUUUUAAUUUCUCCGGUCAAAACCUCAUCCCAAUCGAAUUUGCUGUUACAAAUUUCUUGAAAAAGUACCUUCAUACCGACGGUGACAGGGCUAACCAUCCCCAAGGGAUCAAAUAAACUUGCCAGUAGACUUAAUACAUUCCUUUUAGUUGCUUCCAACCCCUUAGCCUUGUCGGCUAUAUGCUGAAAGUUGAAAUGAAGGGUAUCGUUUUCACAAUCCCAAGCUAGACCCAACACUUUUUCUCCCUUCGUCCCACCCUGGGGUUCUAGUUUCGACUUCGCAUAAGUCUCUUCGUCCUCGAGUCUACCCACUUCCCGGGUUGUUUUGUCGCUCUCGCAUGUGCUAAUCAUUUCCCUUAGUCCCGGGUCAUUGGUCUUCCACUUUCUCAGGGUAAAUCCCCCCUUGGACAUUCGCUCCUUUGCGUUCUUGUAAAGGGUGAAGGUUUUAUCAACUGUUCGUUCCCCAGUCACUAAAUCAUCUACAUAGAAUCCCUCUAUCAUUCUUUUGACAAAUUCAGGGUCUACUUCUGCAUAGGUAGCCAGAUGGUGUCUUAUCGUCCCAUUCAACAAGAAGGGUGAGGCAUUUAACCCAAAAACGACGCGACAAAACCUGUACACUACAACACUCAAAUUACUGUCACGCACGUCUUCAACCCACAAAAACCUCAAACUAUCGCGAUCUUCUGAAUCCACAGCUACAUUCAAAAAUGCCUUUUCAAUGUCCCCCACUAGCGCAAUUUUGUUCUCCCUAAACCUUACAAGAAUGUCGAAUAAUAAGGGAUUCAGUGAUGGCCCCGUAUGCAAACAGUCAUUUAGGGAGGUCCCAUUCUUGGUUUCUUUCGACGAAGCGUCGUAGACAAUCCUUAGCUUCGUGGUCUCUGCAUCCCUACGAAUAACUGCAUGGUGGGGUAAAUAAUGGACGUUUCCACCCGGCUCUUCUAAUUCGGACACUUUCUCGAUCACCCCUGCGCUUAGCUGUUCCUUUAUAAUCGAAUCGUAUUCGUUUAAAACUUCUGGUUCUCUCUUUAGUCUCUUCAACUGACCUUUCAUGCGCGACACGCUGUUUGCAAAAUUACUCGGAAGGGGGUCAUGCCCUAGUUUCCAUGGCAGCUUGACUGAGUACCUCCCCUCCAAAAACUCUAUUUCGUUCUCGAACGAUUCGUGGACUUCGCCGCUACUUUUUAUGCCUAAACUUUCUAGAUCCCAUAAUCUGCUAACUUCACGGUCUAAACUAGCUUUGUCUAGACCUGCACUGUCUUGCGAUAUGAAGUUUACUGACACUUCCUGAAUACUCGCUUCGCUAAAGUCAUAUCGCCUUUUUAGGGGACCCGAUAACACCCAUCCCAGUUCACCCUUUAGCAUAGAGUCGCUAGAAGUACUAUUCCCUCCACCCCUCCCCUAUAAAAGAUGCUUUCUGUCACAGGAUCACAGGUUUUAUACUUACAAAGUAGAGAGGUUAAGCAACAAUAAUGGCGACGGCAGCGAAAGAAGUGAAGUCGCGGGUUUUUUGUGUGUUUGUUUGUCUGUUUCUUCUCAAACUAUCGCGAUUUUUCAAGCUCACUCGAAUGGAAUUGAAAUGAAUUGAAUUCUUAUGAGGAUCAUAUUCAAUUUCAGAAAGAAUGUGGUGUAGAUUAAAGCGCCUCUAGUUUAAAUCAUUUGCUUACUGGUAACUUAUUGUAGAACACACGCUAUUACAUUAAGACGACUCUUGCAAGGUCAGGUGAGUGCUUUUUACCAGUCAUAAAACCAAGUUAGAAAACUUGGAUCAAUUUAGAUUUCUUGGAAACUGCCUACCUACCCCUCCCUUAACUUAAAUAUAACACUUACUUCUCACUUAGGGCAAAAUGUUGGGUCAGGGGAGGGGUAGGUGGGCAGUUGCCCUGGAAACCUAAAACGAUGUCCCCUCUGUCUUCCCUGUUAAGGACGCUUUCUCUUGUUGUAUUGCACACAACGCAGAGAACUGUGAAGGCCCCUAAUUUUUUUAAUUGCUUUUCAGAUUCAGUCAUAUGAGGUUCAUGAAAUGUCCGUUGGAGGAAGGAAGAACGAGGCACCUUAUGACUUUGAUUACUUCUUUAACAAGACGCAGUCAUAG